AUGCGGCUGUUGUUCCUGGCGGUGCUGCGGCCGCACACUGGUAACGCCGUCACCGCCAAGCGCGUCCGGGACCACCUAGAAGCUGCAGGUCACCUGUGCAUUCUGAGAGAUGUAUUCAACUUUGAAAGCCCAGCAGAAAUUGCAGACCUCAUUGCAGCUGAGAAUCUGGACGCAGCUCUGGCUCUUCACCUCUACCGGGGAGGCCGACUUCUGCAAGGUCAUCAAAUUCCUUUUGGAGUCAUUUUUGGUGGGACUGACUUAAACGAAGAUGCCAACCAGCUAGAGAAAAGUGAAGUCAUGGGAAAGGUUCUUGAGGAAGCCAGGUUUGCUGUGGCGUUCACUGAGUCCAUGAAGGAAAAGGCACAGACGCAGUGGCCACAUGCUAAGGGUAAGAUCUAUGUCCAGAGCCAAGGGAUUGUCACCACACCCAACGCUGCCUUUGACUGGGACACCUUUCUCCAGCGCUCAGACAUCAGUCAGAGUGCUGACGCCCUGCACGUGUUCCUUCUGAUCUGUGGCCUUAGGCAAGUAAAGGACCCUCUGUACUUGGUGGAUGCGUUCUCAGAAUGGCAUCAGGAAGAACCCGGGGUUUACCUGGUGAUUGUAGGGCCAGAAGUGGAUCCAGAGUUUACAAGAGAAGUCAAAGCCAAAGUGAAAAGGGCCGCCGGGGUGCGGCUGGUGGGCGAGAUGCCCCAGGAGGACCUGCACGCAGUGGUGAAGAACUGCUUUGCACUAGUGAACAGCUCUGUGUCUGAGGGCAUGUCAGCUGCCAUCCUGGAGGCAAUGGAUUUGGAAGUCCCCGUGCUGGCCAGAAACAUUCCUGGGAAUGCCGCUGUGGUGAAGCAUGAAGUGACAGGACUGCUGUUUUCAGAUCCUCAGGAGUUUGUCCAGCUGGCAAAGAGGCUGAUGAGCGACCCUGCACUGGAAAGAGAAAUCGUGGCCAACGGAAGGGAAUAUGUGAGGAGGCGCCACUCGUGGCAGGUGGAGAGAGACACCUACCAGAGCCUCGCGAGGAAGCUGGCGCCAGGCUCGGAGGAGUAA